CUAGUGUCUUACUGGACGCUAGCUCGACUUUCCCGCAAUUUUUUGCAGCACGCCUUAAGUCACACGCGCUGGCAGUCCACGAUUCGCGAGCAGUUCGCAGGGGCCUCCCUCAUACCACUACUGUACAAAUUUCGUGACUCCGAGCCACCGCAGCGCGCACAAGCCACACUAAUAAGCACUUGCCUGUCAGAGCAGCAGCGCAUCAGCGAGCACACAACAAAGCACACACUCUCAGAGCAGCUCGGACGCCACCGCAGCGCGCACAGAACACGACGAGCACCAUGGGCGCAGACGCGCACCCCGUCGCGUGCACCCGCCACUGCCAGCACUUCCGCCAGCACAAUUCGUUAAGGACGAUCGCGGCGGUGGGUGAUUCCAUCACGUACGGCACCUGUGCGAGUGACCGAGCGCGGACGGCCUGGCCCGCGCAAUUGCAACGGGGCUACCUCUGGCAGGACCCGACGGUCCGCGUCCUGAAUUUCGGCGCUUCGGGGCGGACCAUGACCAGGAGUGGCGACAACCCCUACUGGGACGACCCUGAAUUUAACAGAGCAAAAGCUUCGAAGGCGGACGCCUUCGUGAUUGGCCUCGGCACGAACGACGCGAAGCACUACAACUGGGACCGUCAGGCUUUUGAGCAGGAUUAUAGGGACAUGGUCUCCAUUUUCCAGGGCUUGGACGCCGAGGUUUACUUGGUCGUGCCGCCUCCUCUCUACGAAGACGGCGCCUACGACAUGAACGCCACGGUCAUCAAUCAUAUCUUUCCUUCCUUAAUACCGCAGAUAGCGAACGAGACGGGCGCGACGGGCGUCAUUGAUGUUUUUGAUGCGUUGGGCGGCUCGGCGCUAAACGCGCCAGAGUUAUUUUGUGAUUACCAGUCGUGCGACGCCUGCCACCCGAACGACGCGGGGUAUGAUAGAUUGGCCGGUGCUGUUUUUCGGUCGUUGUUCUACCGGCCAGACCUGCCUUUGCUAGCGGGCGAGGUCAUCAACCCGCCCCUGAACGCGCCUGAAGUGGUCGCCGAGUGGAAGCCGCCGGCGUCCUUCUACCUCGCGAUGGCGCCUGCCAUCGCUUUGGCGGUCGUCGUCGCGAACCUGUGCCUCGGCGUCUUCUGGACGUGCUAUCACACGGCGCGCGCGUGCGGCGGGCCGCAGCGGGGACGGCCCUACAACAGCGCACCGGCGUCCGACAUCGGGUCGGACAUCGAGCUCGCGUAGUUUUCUCUAAGUAUUGG